AUGAGAACUCCAAAAAUAAUCAUUCUUCUGCUUAUACUUGUAGUUGUUUCUUUAACGAUCAUCUUCACGUCGAUGGUACAACCGCAAACUAUGUCACUAGGAGUAGAGUACGACGUGCGUGUGAUCAACAACUUGAGAGACAACUCGUCUCUCCCUCUAGUGAUUUGGUGCACUUCGCCACAAGGUGAUCUCGGUGGUCGUGCGCUUCAAGAAGGAGACGACUUCGAAUGGACUGCCAAGAUCGAUUUGUGGUCGUUGAUGGCUGAUUAUACAUGUACGAUGAAGUGGGAUUCGAGGAGGAAGAGGUUCGAGGCGUUUAAGGGUUCUAGAGACAGCAAUAGAUGUGGAACUACUAAGAAGUGUUCUUGGUCCGUUAGAGAAGAUGGGUUUUAUUUUAGUAGUGAUGAGGUCUAUUGGACCAAAGAUUUUUCUUGGUUAUAG